AUGGCCCAAUUGGUCUACCCACACCCCUCCUCCUCCCACGCCGCCUCCCUCACCAGUUCCUCCCCCGAUGACACCACCUCCAAACAUUACAAACUCUCCACCCCCCUCACCACCCCCCUCAGAAUAAUCCUCAUCAUCCUCACCAUAGCCUCCAUCGCCGUCUGGCUCGCCGCCGGGGAUUUCUCCGACGGCCUCCUCGUCUUCAACCACAUCUUGCUCUGGUUCCUCCUCCUCUCCAACCUCCUCCACCUUCUCUUCCCCUCCCAUCCCCCACACAACCAUCAUCACAAAAUCCCCUGUCUACCAACAAUCCUCUUCCAAAUAGGAGACUGCGGUUGCGUAUUCAACGGCUCUGACAAUGAAAAGAAGCCAAGAUACAGCGUGGCCUGGGUAACGGAUAUCAUCCUGGGCAUCCCCACCAUCGUCGUUACGAGCAUUGAUAUGGCCUGCCUGUCUAAUUGUUAUAGCUGCCCGGCUGUAGAGGUGUUGGUUCUGAGUGAAAUUGUUGGAGCUCUGAGCAUCUUUGUUGGUCUCUUCUCCCCCCUGACGGCCAGGAAGCCAGUCAUUUUCGAGAUGGGGUUUAUGAUCAAGGACGCUGAUGUGGAAAGAGGGGGGAGGUACAGCAGGAUUAGACUUCCUGUUGAUGCUGAUGAUAGAAGGACUGCUGGGGCUGUCUCUAUUUCGGCUUAA